AUGGCGCCCUCCAAGGAAGGUCUAACUGAUUUGCAGAAGGAAAUUUUUGAUAAAAUCAAUAAGAAUGAAGUGUCGGAUAUUAAAACCCUUUUGUCAACGAAUAAAAUAAAGGUCGAUUUUGUUGAUGAAAAUGGUAUGAGCCCACUUCAGCAUGCUUGUUACAAAGGAAAUAAGGAAAUUGUACAGAUGCUCCUCGACCAGGGUGCUGAUGUCAAUGCAGGACAACAUGAGCAUGCUUACACGGCAUUGCACUUUGCUGCCCUUAGCGGAAAUGCAGAUUUGUGUCAUCUCUUAAUGUCUCAUGGUGCACGUUUGACAGCAACGAACAGCGUAGGACGUACACCAGCUCAAAUGGCAGCAUUCGUUGGUAAUCAUAAUUGCGUUGCUACGAUCAACAACUUUAUCCCAAAGGCGGAUAUAGAUUAUUUUGUGAAGGCACAAGGUCUUCAAACUGAACCUAUGCUUCCACCACAUUUAGCAGAUUCCUUUCAUAAAUUCAUAAUGCAAGUAAAUGUACAUCCUGUUCGCGUAGCUAUGAAUUUGCAGAGAUCUCCUGGUCUUUUAGAAAACGCAUACAAGAUACAAAAAGUAUUAGAAGCUUUGCGCCAUAGAGAGAUGACUAGAGGAGCUGAAACGAAUGAGGUUAUGGCAUUUAAAUAUCAUUAUCUUAGCUGUGUGGUAGCGGAGAUAAUAAAAUGUCAAAAGCGACAAGAUGCUAUGAAAGGGGAGAAAAAUGAUAAAGAUAAAAUAAACGAAGAAGGAGAGGAAAAAAAGUCAGACGUAGUUGAGAUAUUGAUAAGGAAAUUUUUGAAAUGUAGUAAAAGCGAUGGAAUACCAGAGUAUCAAGAAGCUUUCUUGAGAGAAUCCGUAAGGGAAUUUCCAUUUAGAGAGAGUACCAUUUUUCGUCAAAUGGUAGCAACACUUGCUGGUACUGAUCCACCAUCUGCUGUAUCAGUUGUAUCGGCAGCUAUUAAUGGACAAAGAGGAUUCAAUGAUAAUGCAUUGGUAUGUUUUACUUGCGAAGAAGAGAAAGCAAGUAAAAAGUGCAGUAAAUGUAAAGCUGUUCAGUACUGCGAUAGAGAAUGUCAAAGAUUACAUUGGUCUAUGCAUAAGAAAGCAUGUGCCAGAUUAGGUCAAAGCCCAAGCCAAAAUACAAAAACCUUAGAUGUAGAUAAAGAGCAUAUAAGUAACGUUGUAAAUUCGAAAUUGCAAAAUUUACCUAACUAAGAAAAUACAUUGUUGAGAAAAGAGAUAUAUUAUGAUUUUAAAAUGAUAUAUAUAUAUUAUAUAUAUAUAUAUAUAUAUAUAUUCUUGUCCAAUAAUUUUGUUUACAAAUGUACAUAGUUCCUCGUGCGUGCGUGUAAAUUUAAGUGUAAUUUACAGGAUUACAUUUCUUUCUUUCUUUUUUCUUUUUUUAAACUCUCGUUUCCAUAAGUUUAUAAUAAACAUUUAUUCGCAUACAUGAGAUGAACUACGCUUACAAAAAAAAAAAAAAAAAAAAUAAAGAAAGAAAAAAGAA